AUGCUACCGGUCACAAAUAUCUGUCCCGAUGGUAAUGCCGGGUUAUGGAGAAUUUGUGAGGAAACUCCGCCACGUGAGAAUAGCGAGAGAGAUUGCAAGAGGCAAUUAUUUGUUGGCUAUCUUCCAUUUGUAGCUGGCUGGCAGGAUUUGAAGGAUCUAGUUUGA